UUUGUAUUAGCUGCGUUUUUCAAGGUGAUAUGAAAUAAGUAGUUACAAAAAAUAAGAGCACAACGAAAAAUCACUGUUUUUGUCAAUGUCACGUUAACGUGAAAAAAGUAUAACAUAAUUUUCGUGAAUCUGCUCCACAGACAUGGAUAAGCUUUUUAAAGAAUGCGAAAAUAUGUUUAUGCCUGAGCCACUCGUGGAUGGACGGCUGAACGUAGGUCCCGUUGAGCAGAUCAAAUUUGGACCCUCUGAUAGUGACAGGGGGAGGGACACCAAUGUUUACGAACAGGAUUAUGUUAGAAAUGAAAUGAAAAAGUAUGCCAAUUAUCAGGCCAUGCCGAUGAAUGAGAAUGAUAGACUGUCUAUUGUCGAUUCAAUAGGGACAGCACAGCAAAGUGCCAACGAUACUUAUUAUCAGCAUAAUUACAAGUUUAGGACAAACUCCUUGCCAAUUGAUUUCUUUAAGGAAAAGAUAAUCAACACAGUCGAAAGUUCAGAUGUUGUGAUUAUUCGUGGUGACACUGGCUGCGGCAAAACGACCCAAGUGCCACAAUUUAUCCUGGAUGAUGCCAAAGAAAACGACCAAUGGUGCAACAUUGCCGUAACGCAGCCCAGGAAAAUUGCAGCCAUUAAUAUUGCACAGAGGGUUUCUGAAGAAAGGGGUUGGCCACUCGGUUCUGUUGUUGGUUACCAGGUCGGAUUGGAAAAAAUGGUGAACGCCAACACCCUCGUGACAUACAUGACGACCGGCGUGCUGCUGCAAAAGCUGAUCAAAACCAAAAACCUGCACUCCUACACCCACAUCAUAAUCGACGAGAUCCACGAGAGGACCGAAGAGUUGGAUUUGCUGUUGAUCGUGGUCAGAAAGUUCCUGUUCACCAACUCGCCGCACACGAAGGUCAUACUAAUGUCGGCGACCAUAGAGGCCGAACACUUCACCCGCUACUUCGCCUUCAACAGCAACCUGAACCGGGACGGCUUCGCCCCCGUCGUCAACAUCACCAAAAAGAGCGAGUUCACCAAACAGAUAUUCUACGUGGAUCAAAUCGCGAUUGUCAAAAAGGUUCAUCAAUUCGACAUAGACAAGCCGGAAAUAAACGAGAUGUGGAACAUGUUCACGUUCUUGCUGACGGCCUUCGACAAACUGGACGACGAUCCGAACGACAGGGAUGUGGGAAACGUGUUGGUGUUCCUGCCCGGUUUGAACGAAAUCGAGGAGGCCAUGAGGCGUAUGUCGCAGGUGGAUCGAAGCACAGAAGCCGUCAAAUGGGAAGCGAUACCCCUUCAUUCGUCUCUUCCGAACGAUGAACAGGCGAAGGUGUUCAAAACACCAAAGCCGCACCACAGGAAGGUAAUCCUGUCAACAAACAUUGCUGAGAGUUCUAUCACAGUUUCCGAUAUUAAGUUUGUUAUUGAUUUUUGUUUGACGAAAAACUUGGUGGUGGAUCCUAUGUCGAAGUUCUCCAGCUUACAACUAGAAUGGGCUUCUCAUGUGAACUGCGAACAAAGAGCUGGCAGAGUUGGUAGGGUUAGCAAUGGCAGGAUUUACAGAUUGGUCAGUCGGGAAUUUUACGAGAGAUAUAUGCCGGCCACACCUACGCCGGAAAUAUUACGUGCCCCCCUCGAGAACAUAGUCCUCAAGGCGAAGGAACUGGACAUGCACGACACUCCAAGCCAAAUCCUGGCGUUGGCUAUGAACCCGCCUAACUUGCGGAACAUCGAAAACACCAUUUGGAAUUUAAAGGAAGUGGGCGGACUACUUCAGACCUGCCGGGGCGUCAGGACGAACGCAGACGGCGAUUUGACCUUCAUGGGAUCCGUGAUGGCCGGUCUUCCUUUGGACGUACACCUGUCGAAGCUCAUUCUGUUGGGCCACAUGUUUAGCUGCUUGGAAGAGGCCAUCAUCAUCGCUGCCGGCCUCUCCAUCCCCAACAUCUUCGUCAUACCGUUCCAGGACCGUUUCCUGUUUUACCAGAAACUGUUGAUGUGGUCCGACGGCUGCAACAGCGAUCAGGUCACCCUGUUGAAUCUGCACAAUGUGUGGUCGACGAUGAAACGGGAGAAGAGAUUUAAAACUGUACGUGAGGAAGCCGCGUGGUGCAGACAUAACUUCGUCAGCUUUAAAGGUAUGAAGGAAUGGACGACGUUGAUAUCCGAAAUCAAAAUACGUCUUGGCCAGUAUCAUAUUCGUGAAAGUCACGGCAAGUAUAGGGUGGAAUUAGGAGCUUUGGAAAAACCGACCAUACUUAAGGUGAUAAUGUGCGGCGCAUUUUAUCCUAAUUAUUUCCUCAAAAAGGAGAUGCUUGAUGAGAGGGAAGCCGUUCGUGCCGUGUGUGGUAAGGACCCAACUAGGACUGUUUAUUUUCAAGGCUUCGACAACAGACAACCCGGCCAGUUAUACGUGAAGCAAAUCAAAAAAUGGUUCUCACCCAACGAUCAGAUGCAGCAAUCCAUAAACGUUAUAUUCGAUAACAGUUACAAAAUCUACGUUGAAUUUAAACGUAAAACCACCGAUCAAGUGACACUGGACUUGAACGGUCGCAAAACCGUCACCGAUCUUGUGAGCAAGAUUCCCAUAGAAAUGUACGAGUGCAUCAGAAAGAGGCAGCUGAAGUAUCCCUUCAAGUUGCAUCUGUAUUCACUUUCAGAUGCUUUAGAGUUCGCCGAAAAGUUCUGCCUGAACUCAUCGAUGAAUGUUGAAGUGCCGACUUCAAAUCCCAAUCUUACGUACGAUCCAAUACCCACUCUGGACGUGGAAAUGAUUCAGUUUACCAUAACUUACGGAAAUGAUGCUGGUCAUUUUUUUGUCCAGCUCACUGACGAUGAAACGCAACGGCUUUCGGCGGCCAUUGAAAGGGAAUUGAACAGUCAUGUAUUGCAUCCGGCUAUUGAUACUCUGAGGGACCCCAAAAAAUUUAAGUUUGAUGAUGUGUAUGCAGCGAGGUGGAAUGUGGACAACAAGUUUUAUAGGUGCAAAGUUGCGACCGUCCUUGGAAAACAUGCACGAGUUCUAUUCAUAGACUUUGGCAACACACAAGAUGUGUUACUGUCGGAAAUUUACAACCUGCCCGCCAUCCCCUUAGUUAACACCCCGCCGCUGAUGUUGGAAUGCGUACUCGCCGGCGUCAAGCCGUGCCCCAACCAUUCGCAGAACGGCAAAUGGAGCAACGAGGCCAACCAGUACGUCUUCAAGAAGACCAGCAACGUGGUGCUGUACGGCGAGGUGUACUCGGUCGUCGACGACGUCGUCCAUCUCAACGUCUACUACGGCAGGACCGACCGCGGGGCCUGUCUGAACCGCGAGCUGAUCGAAAUGGGCUACGGCAUCGAGGUGAAGGAGUCCUACCUGUCCCAGGAGGACCACAAAAUGCGGCAGGCGGUCAAGGCGUCCAACGAUCCGGCACCGUUCCUGCAGAUCGAGAGGAUGAAGAAGCGACCGGAGGUGGAGGCGCCGGCCGACCUGCGCCGCUACGAGAGGACCAUAGACUUGAAGGGUCCGUUCAGCCCGCUGGAGAUGAGGGUUGGCAGCACCUUGGUGGGGGCACGCGCCCAACGCGUCGACAUGGAGGGCCAGUCGGUCAACGCCGUGCUCUUAGACUCGGAGGCGGACGAUCCUCAUUCGAUCUUGUUGGUGGCCAACAAGGUGAUGCAGUCGGCCAAUGGGGGACUGCGCCUGCGCGAGUCCACGCUCAUGCCUCGCAUACCCGGACUGCCGGCGCUGAUGGCGAUGCUCUUCUGUCCGCAGAUGGAGCCGAAGCUGACCUCGGACGGUACUCGAGUGGCGUCGAUUUUGUGCGGUAUGGGAUGCAGGGAACCGGACCAUGUGCCCAUGCAUCCAGCUCACGAUAUGGUCAUCCAAUUGGACACAGUUCUAUUAGCAGAGGAAAUCGAUUUGAUUAACAACGUGCGAUACUUGAUGAAUUAUUGUAUCAAAGUGAUGGACAGUAAUUAUUUUGGCGAAGAUAAUUCCAAUAAACAGCUCCUUUUUGACAACCAGAAAAAAAUCAUAGAUGCAUUGUUCAGAUGCCUUUACCACAAACGCAAAUCCAUGGAAAAAGUGUACGCAAAAUACGCAUCGGAGUGGAAUAAAUCCGAAGUAGAUGCCUGCGUCCUCGAAACGAACAUGGUCCAAGACCCGGAGGAUAUUUGGCCGCUUCUGAAGUUUUUGGAACUGAAGACCUUGCCCGAAGGAGCCGACCUAAUCCUCAACAAUCUGGACGAAUUAUUCGAAAUAGCAAGAAGCGAGGGACCCCCGAAGUCCGUCAUGUGUUUACUGUGCAACGAAAGACUGAUUGAUGCGUACGAUGUGCGAAAUCAUAUUGUUUCAAGCGGACAUAUUGCUAACAAAAGGAAGUUUGAUGAAAGUCUGCGGAAUUGGCAAGCCUGUGAAGGUUUAAAUUAACUAACAGAAUUGAUACAGCUUUCAAUUCUGAAGUUUUUAAUAUUUAACCACACUAUCUAGUUUUCAUGUUGGUCCUUGUCUAAUAUUUUUAUUUGACGUAUUACAUUUAUUUUAACUUUUAAUUGAAACUUGUUUUUGAUAAAGUGUUAUUAGAAUUAAUAAAAAGGAUCAUAUCUGAUUCUUAAUAAUCUGAAAACGUUAUUUAAAUUAGCAAGAAGCUGACUACUGUAAAACAUUUAUAAGUAACAAAAACUAAUUUGAAUUAGUCAAUUUUAUUUUAAUUAGAAUUAAAAUUAAUUGGUUUUAUAUUUGUUCUUGUCUAAUUUUGUAAUUAUUUGUUUUUCAACAAAAUUGAAUAAAUUUUAUUUUUGAUAAAACUAAUUUGUUUUACUUAUUUAUAAAUUAGUCACAAUAAAUGUGUAAUGGUUAAAUUUAAAGUUAGUUCUUGAUGUAUAUUUUUUGAACAUAUUAAACAGGACAAAAAUUAUUUGAAGGAAAAGUAUAAAACAAGAUUAUUAUACAAAGGGUUAAUGUUAAAUUAAACAACAUGGAUUUAAUCAUUAAUAAUAAGACUUCAAAGUUAAAAUAACUCCACAUCAAAUCAGAAAUAUAUGUACAAUUUUAUAUAAAACAAUAAUGGUAAAUUAAUAUUAUUUUAACAAAUCAUAUUAAAUAAAAUAUUUAAUAUUUUAGUAAACAUUAAUGUAUUGUUUAAUUAAUUAAAAGUAUAAAUGUAAAACAGUUGACUAGUUGAAGAAGAGAGAAAAGAAUAAUGAGAUAGAAUGUGGAGUGCAAUCAUGUAGGGGUUAGUGUCAUCCCCGUCUUUAAAGAUGGCCCUUAGCGUAAGUUAGAUUAUGUAAUUGUUUAUUUCCUAUUGUCAGUAUUUGUUAAUAAAGUAUUUGGUGUAUAUUUGGA